AAUUAAAAAAUGGACAGAAACUGACACUGUCCUGUUUAAUAAAAGAAGAUAACGGUUUUUCUGCAAACACGGAAGUGGGUAGGAGUGAACCCUCUUGCUCCGGCUGACUGUUUGUCACUCUCUCUCUCUGCCUCCUGUAAACUCUGCUGGGUAUCAUUGCGCGUCAAAACAUUGCGUCUCUGCAGGACUUACCAGGGCCAGAGAGAAGAGGAAAUUUGCCUGGGAAGGAAUGCGAAAGGGGUUUUAGGAUUGGCACCGCCACGAGAAAAACGAGGAGGUGCGCGACAUUUUCUAGGCUACGUGGAGAUCCGCUUUUUCUUCCCUUUUGAGGUGUUCACCUCCCAACCCACCGCCCACCACGGCCCUCACCUGUGUGUUGCGGUGCUUCCCCUGUGAGCCGACCUGGGCUGGCAGUCCCUUCUUGCACCGCCCGCCAACACCGCCCAUGGUCAGAAUGACGCGCUCCAAGACCUUCCAGGCGUACCUGCCGAGCUGCCACCGAACCUACAGCUGCAUCCACUGCCGAGCUCACCUGGCCAACCACGAUGAGCUCAUCUCCAAGUCGUUCCAGGGCAGCCAAGGCAGAGCCUACCUGUUCAACUCAGUGGUGAACGUCGGGUGUGGCCCUGCAGAGGAGAGAGUUCUGCUCACAGGCCUGCAUGCUGUAGCAGAUAUCUACUGUGAGAACUGCAAGACGACCCUGGGCUGGAAAUACGAACAUGCCUUUGAGAGCAGUCAGAAGUAUAAAGAGGGAAAGUUCAUCAUCGAGCUGGCCCACAUGAUCAAGGACAACGGCUGGGACUGAGGGACAAGCAGCCGGGACACGACCACAGCAGAGGGAAGGAGGAGGGGGUGGGGGCUGGAUGACUGGAUGGAUGGACAAAUGGAUGGAUGGGAGGGAGGGAGUGAGAGGGGGGUUGUGUGUGGUGGGUGAGUGUGUGACUUUGGUUUGGCUGAUUUACCAUUAACCUCUGUAAAUCUCUGCCCAUCACUUCCUACCACGCCUCUUGAUGUACACACACACACACACACACACACACACACACACACAUCAAGGCCCCAGACAUCCCAGCUUGACAGAGAGACAGACUUGGACACAGCUAGCAGGACUAGGUGACUGGCCAGCAAGACAAAAUGUCUCAUUUGUCAUGUCACAUUGUUUUUUUUUUUUACUGAUUUGAUAGCUCUUAAAAAGGCAGUAACGCUCCCUCUAUACAUGCCAGGAGACAUCUUCAUUGUGUGAAGUAUUCCACCUUGUACAAUAAUAUUGUUAAAACCAGUUGUUAACGGGUCAUUCAGUGGAAAUUUAGCCAGAAGGAGGCCAGUUGCGGGAUUCAUUGGCCUUGGUUGAAGAGCUGACGGGCAUUCAUGAUGUCCUCAGCUUGAAUGAGAUGACCUAAGAUGAUUAUAGCAAAUCCAGCUGAUCGGGUCCAUGCCAGCUGGGCCAGUGAUGAGGCCUGGCGCUGAGGCUUGGCACGGAGGCCCGAGCACAUGGGCGAUGGGUUGUUGCGGGGGUGGGGUGGGGUGGGUGCAGGGAUUGGGUGGGUCCAGGCCGCUCACUCAACAUCAUGGGGAGAGGAAGAUCCUGAUCCAGUUAUGCAGUGGCUAUGAUGGCGUCUGGCUGGGAUCCACUCCACGUCUUGCCAGCGAUGCAGCUCAGGACGGGCAGGGUUGGCCGAGAGUGAAAGAGAUACAGCCACCAGCUUGUCCUAAAACCUAACAGGAAUUUGCCCUCGCAGCAGCAAAGCAGCUCCCCUGGGUUUUUAUGAAUCCUUCGAUACGAGUCGUGUAAAGUGAUCUGCUGAUCCUUCUCGUGUAUGUCUGGUCUGGUGUCGGUGGACGCAUCGCUGUGUCCACCUUUGUUACUUGGCCAGAUAGAAUUACACAACAUAAGCGUGUCUCAGGUGAACUACUUUGGCUGGGAUUCCUAAAGGUUUGCGAGCAAUGUGAGCAUCUUUCUGCUGGUGUAGGUUGAUGAGGUGACGGUGACAGUGGCUAGUGAUCAAUCAGACACAAACACAGCCCCUGCUAUCAACAGUUUGAUUUGAAGAAACUGACAAACUUAUGGCCAAUGCAUGAUUGGUUUCAUGGGCCAUGGGAAAAUGCAAACAGUAAGAAAAAUGAACACAAAAAGUAAGUUAUUACUUUUACUGAAGUUACGAGGUAUAUACAUGACCACAGGUGUGUACUGUAGAUGCAUAUGUAUAAAAGGUAAUACCUAUCGCUCUUAGGCUCUCUUUCAGUCUGGGAUGACUGCUGUUCAACUGCUGUUACACUGAUCUUCACUAACUGGCCCUCACAAAACAUUAUAACAAACCUGCUGGGCAACAUUAUGAAGCAAUGUACUAGAUAGACCCACUUAUUCUUUUGUUCCUUAAUGCAGGUUUUGCCCCAGUAUUAGAUCGUUUUUCUUUUUCAGAUUUUUCCCACCUCAGAUAGCUUACUAAAUAUUCCUCAUGCAUCAUGGGCCUUCAAGAUAUGACACCUGGGUAAUAUUUGAGGUAACAUUAAUGGGAAGCAUUGCUCAGGUACCUUGAUGCUAACUUUUCUUUGCUAAGGCAAGGAUCCUACUUAAUGUGUUCACAUGAGAGAAUCCAUUACAGCUGUCAUCCAUCCUGUGGAAAUGCAACGUUAACGCAUGCAUGAAGUAAAACAAGUGUUGAACAUGCUGAACACUUUUGUGCUUGGGCCUCAUCAUGUUUUUUUUGUGAAAAGAACGUUUUGUGUCUAUUAGAGUUAUAAUGAAAUCCUGUGCUGUAAUACAAAAUCUUAUCAGUUUCAUCUCAGUCCAUUUGAGUUGUGAGAUCCUUCUGCAGUGGCUGCACAGAUUAAAUGUGAUCCUGGUUUAGAAAAGUUAAAUUAGUUGCCCUGUUUGUCACACAGUUUCCCGUAGUUGUGAACAUUGCUUAAGACGUUGCCCUGUAUAUGGAGAGUCCUGUUCUGUACUCUCCAGUUACAACCAAACCUAAACAAAUAACUCUCUCCAGUAACAUGCAGCAGCUGAGGGCUCAGUCGGAGGCUGCGACAUUAAACCCAGCACAACCAAAGAACCCACCCAUCAACAAUAAAUUGACCAAACAAAAGAUCUCAUUUUGCUUGGGCAAAGUGUUGCAAAACAAGGGGGUGUGUAUAGCUGAAAGCCAAGGUUGUGGAUAGCCUUUCUCUGUGACAUAUAAUGCAUUAUGAUUUUGUAAACAAAAGAUCUUAAUAUAUGAAUAUAUUCUAUUUACUGUAUUCACCACGAGGAUUACCAUUCACGUCAACCUCUGUGUUACAGACUGUAAAUAGUGUUAAUGUAUUGUGUUUUAUCUAUGAUCCAUACGAUGAUAAAUGAAUAUGAUUUAGGUCAUGUCAUGCUUUCUCUCUGGUACCCCACAUUGGCUGUACGAUACUACUUUUUUACUGAAAAUGUUUCAAUUUUAAUGUCUUUUGUAAAGGAGGAUGCUGAUGUUGACUAUAUAUCAUUGGAUCUUCAUCUAAUAAAAUGCACCUUGAUAUCUGUA